AAACUUUCCCCCCAUGGGUGAUUCAUGCUGUUCACUACCUGCAGAACUCCUACAGAGUGCAAGUAAGCAGGUGUAUAAACAUGCAAAAAAACUCGGCACAAAGGGCCGGGUCAUAAGCUUGUUAUUUAUAACGUUAUUACGAGGGUGCUGUUUCCCUGGUUUCUUCACUUCAAGCCUUCAAUGCAACCUGCAUUACCACACGAACUCCUUUCUCUCAUAUUGGGUGAGCUCCCAGAGCCCAAUCUACUUCAAUGUGCCCUCGUCUGUCGCGCGUGGAAUCCGAUAUCGCGCUCCCUUGUCUUCCGCACCAUCAGCCUUUACUCAGGAAAGCCGGUCGCAGUAAAACGGUUUCUACGCCUGUGCGACAGCCCUUACGAGACAUUCUCCACAGCGAACAUUCAAGUACUCUCCAUCUCCCACUAUCUCUCGAAACGUUCAGAAAAGCCAGAGCACUUGCCGCUGAAUAGGCUGUUAACAUGGCAUUCUUCGGACGGUAAACGAACUAUCCCGACAAUGUUCCACAGGUUACGACGUUUGACAUUAUUUUGGGUCGAUUGGUCCAUGCUGGUGGAAGAGGCCAAACGCACGUUAUCCGCUGGUUUCAAGGGCGUAACGGACUUGGAGUUGUAUAGCAGCACGUUCGCGCAGUAUGAUGAAUUCUCUGCGUUACUGCACUCCUUUCCGGUAUUACGCUCGAUGGAAAUGACGGAAUGUAGAGGUCCCUCCCCCGAGUCCGAAUGCACAUUCACAGAGAUGCCUUCGGGUUCCGGAGGACAUGCCAGUCUCGAGUAUCUCUCCAUUUGUCGCAUGCGGGAUGCCAAACUAAUCCAAUUGCUCGUUCCGUCCCCUUCAUUGCGGAGUUUUAUCUGGUGGCAUCUGUCGUUCUUGGAGAGCGACCGCGACAAAGAAUCAUUUAGAGUUUUGUCGAUGGUGAACCAGGUGUUACUCUCCGCUAGCUCGACCCUGGAAGAGCUUGGAAUAUAUUUUGGAUGUUAUUAUCAAGCCUCAAUUGGACGGUCGGUGUUUGAGUACCUCGACCUGAGUAGAUAUACCCGUUUACGAAGCAUAGGACUCUCUGCUUCUCCCGAAUGCAUCAUGUACUUUCUGAAUCGCCUUGCCAGCAUAGGUCAUCCUGAGCACGACCACAGUCCCCUCAAAGUCCUCAAAAUUCCCUCCCUCCCCAGCCUGGAUCUUUGCUGGUACAUGCUGGACAACGUCUUGCAGAGCUCCUACUUUUCAUCUCUCUGCGAGCUUCAGUGUGAUUUUCCUUGUUCCUUCAGUCCUGAAGACGUGACCGAGCAGGCCAAAGCGCUGUGGUAUGAUGCACCAGACAAGCGCUCGACUGCAGAGAUAGAUUUACAGGAAAGAAUGGAGCAUUUCAGGAUGUACCUACCGAGAUGUAACAAACGAGGGAUCCUUAAGCUUCGCGUAGAAUAUUGGUAUGUUCCACGGUGGUUGGAUGACGUUGAUUUCCUGCCGCGAUUAACGAGGAGGCAGCGUGUUGUCGCUGCCGUGAGGAGGGCAGUGAUGUUUGUGAAGAGAUUAGGAAGGAGAGAAUAACUGCGUGAUGCCACGAACCUUGUAAGAUUGAUUGUAUCCAUCGUACCGGACAUAUUAUCUUCCGUAGAAAUAGCUCUCUAAGGGUCCUGAACAGAGCAGCCGACCUCUACCUGUUCCCAAGAGUCAUAUCUGGUCAAUGGCCUUGGCCCGAGUUUCCGCGAU